AUGGAGGAGCUGUGGUUCAGCCGGGACGAGGUGGCGGCGGCGGUGGCCGUGCUGCGGCGCGGCGGCGGCAGCAGUGGCGAGGCCGGCGGGGGCAUCGGCGGCCGCGGCGCCGCGGCGCGCAUGCUGCUUGCGGCCGGGGGCAAGCGGCGCGGCAGGAAGGGGCGCGUCAACCUGGACUUUGGGAUGCAGGCCGUGACGCCCGCGCCGCGCGUGCAGCCCGCGUGGGUGCCCCAGCUGCAGCUGCACAUGCUCUGCACCGGCUGCCUCACGGCGCUCCUAGUCAGCAGGACCGCCGAAAACGGACUGCGUGUCUUCCGGGUCUGGCGGGACGACUCAUACCUGUGGGGGUUAGUCGCGAUCCUGACCACCCUGAUGACUCACCACGUCGCCGCCGGCAAGGCGCCCACGGGCUCCCAAUUCGCGUCCAUGGCCGGCCAGAGCGAGCUGCUAUCCAGGACCUGCGAGCUCGCGAAACGCGCCGUCGUGAUUGCGGAGCCUGGCUGCGGCGCCGGCGGCGAGGCCGCGCCUGUGACGGGGGCCGGCGGGCUCAAGAUCCGGAUCGUGGGGGAGGCGUCGGCGGGCCCUGGGGCCGCCGCGCUCGUGCCGCCGCCCUGCCCGGACGGGUCGAACACGUCUGCGUUCUGGGUGUAA